AUGUUCGAAAACACUUGCACGCUCCCGCUCCACGCGGAUAUUUUUACCACCGCACUGCACCCAACAGCACCUCUGGUGAGUGUUGGACUGUCCAACGGCGUUGUUGAAACAUUUCGGCUGCCACCGGGCAGCUCUUCGGGUGAUAGCGUGGACGGAGACGCGAGCGAAAGCGAUGGGAAAUCGACGAUUGACUCCGUCUGGCGCACCAAAAGACACAAGGGAAGCUGUCGCUGUCUGGCCAAUUCCCAUGAUGGACAAUACCAAUAUUCUGCCGGCACCGAUGCGAUCAUCAAGCACUACGACACCGCAACAGGCAAAGUCAUUUCGAAGCUUGCGAUUCCGACCAAUACCUCUAAGCCCGAUGGCCCGGCGCUGCUGCACGUGCUCAACCCAAUGAGCCUCCUCCUGGCAACCGAUACUGGAGCUCUACAUAUUUUCGACUUACGAGAUGGUGCUGUAGGCAAAAAGCCGGCGCAAACACAUUAUCCUCAUUCCGACUAUGUUUCGUCGAUUACGCCACUCCCACCAUCAGAAGAAAGCACCAGUGGCUUCCCCAAGCAAUGGGUUAGCACGGGAGGAACAACCCUGGCUGUUACGGACGUGCGACGUGGAGUCUUGGUACGAAGCGAGGAUCAAGAAGAUGAGCUUCUAAGCUCUUGCUUCGUGCCUGGUUUGGGGCCCAAGAAGAAUCGAAAUAAUGGCAUUGUGGUCGUUGGGUCUGGAUCUGGAGUGUUGACCAUGUGGGACAAAGGAGCUUGGGACGACCAGCAAGAGCGCAUCAUCGUGGAUCCGCCAAAGGCCGGCGGAGAUAGCAUAGACGCAAUUGCGCUGAUACCCAAAGAGCUGGGGGUGGGCAAGAAGGUUGUCUGCGGCGUUGGUGACGGUAGCCUGAGAAUUGUCGAUCUGGUACGGAGAGAGGUGAAUACAUCACUCAAUCUGCGGCACGACGACAUGGAGGGCGUGGUCUCACUGGCAUUCGACUCGGAGAACCGUCUGAUUAGUGCUGGUGGUCGAACAGUCAAGGUUUGGGAAGAAUUAUCUGAGCUUCAAGGCGACCAGAGCGAUAGCGAGAAUGACGAUGAUGAUUCGGACGAUGAUUCGGACGAUGAAGAGGCGCCUAAUGGCAAACGGGCCGCCGAAAGUGACAGCGAUGAUGAUAGCGACGAUGGGGUUGAGGAGAUGAAGCAACGGGCUAAAAGACGAAAAGAAAUGCAGCAACACAAACUGGGUCCGAUGGGCGCCCAUGGAAUUUUGGGUUUUGACGGUUUGGAUUAA